CAUUAUUAAUAUUAAUCAAAAUUAAUCAUGAGCGUUUCAAAUGAUAUUUAUGAGGACUUAGAUGAAUUUGCAUUAAAUCUAAAACUAAACACAAUAAAUACAGAAAAAGAUGAAUUAGUUAAAGAGAAUACUGAACUGAAAGAAAAAGUUGAAACACAAUCACAAGAAAUUAAAAAAUUGAAGCAAGAGAACGAAAGACUUAAAAAAAAUAUAUCAUCGUUAUUUGUAACAUCUAAAUAUAUAUCAACUAAAAAACAUAAAAAAAUUACAUCAUUACAGGCUGAAAUCGAAAACUUAAAAUUUAGACGAAGAAAUACUCAAGACCAACAGUUAAGCAAGCGUCGUUUUGAAGUUGAAGAUAACGAAAAUUUUAAUGCCAAGCGAGUAAAACGCGAUCCUAACUUUCGUGAACAAUCUAAUGCAGAGGUCGAAGAAGUCGAGAAUGAAUAUUGUGAAAAAAGUACACAAAACAAUGCAGAAAAUACUUCUCAGUCUUUUAAAGAAAAUAUUCAAUAUCAAAACAAGUUCAAAGCUUGUAAAUUAAAUGAUGAUGAUAUAAUUAAUCCUGAAAAUGAUAAUAAUUCCGUACAACAACGAAAUAUUGAAGAGAAAACUUCCAAAUUUGAAAAUAUUUAUCAAAGACGUGCAAGGGAAAAUCAGAAAUUAUUUUUGGCAGAAAAUAAGCAUAAAAUUUCAUCUAAUGAAAAUUCUUGUGAUAAAAACGAACAUCAUUUUACCACUAAAGAAGUCGUUCACAAAGAAUUGCCGCUUGAGAAUAAUUCUAAUCAAAAUAAUAAUCUUCAACAACGAAAUAUUGAACAAAAAACCUCCAAAUUUGAAAAUAUUUAUGAAAGACGUGCAAGGGAAAAUCAGAAAUUAUUUUUGACAGAAAAUAAUCAUAAAAUCUCAUCUAAUGAAAAUUCGUGUGAUAGUAAUGAACAUCAUUUUAUUGAUAAGGAAAUCGUUCACAAAGAAUUUUCGCUUCAGGAUAAUUCUAAUAAAAAUAAAAAUGAAUUUGAUCAAGAAUUAAAUAAGGAUGAGCAAUUUUAUUCUGAAAAUUAUUCAGAAGAAUCAUCACGAUGUAAAAACUUUCGGCAAUCAGAUCGAAGACAUUCACCAAAUCUUCGUAAUGAACGCUACCCAAAGCAUCGUAAUAGUUACAACAAUCAUGAUCCUAGGAGCAAAUCUCGUAAUCAUUAUUAUGAAGAAGAUAACGAUUCAAAUGAUUAUCUUGAAAAUCAUGACCAGAAAAGGCAUCGAAAUUAUAAAGAUAAUUAUCCAGAAAGUCGUUAUCCUUAUGAUGAAAAAUAUCGUAACUUUCGAUUUAAUCGUCGUGGUAGAAAUCCACGAAUGAAUUACCACGAUGAUUACGAAUAUCCAAGAAAAGGGCCUAGAACGCCUUCCCCAGAGAAUGAGAAAGAAACUUUAUACAGAAAUGAAAACAAACAUUGGAAAUUUCGAAACGAAAACACAAUUGAAACAUAUGGUGACUACAAAAGAUCCAAGAAACACAAGCAAGAAUUCGAGGACGGAAUCGAUGUUAAUAGAAGAUCUCGCAUUGAUCAAAAUGAUGAUUUUAUCAAAUCGAAAAGUUAUAGAUCAAGAUCGAAAUCUGCACACCAGCAAGAUUUCGAGGACGGAAUCGAAUUUAAUAGAAGAUCCCGCAUUGAUCAAAAUGAUGAUUUUAGCAAAUCGAAAAGUUAUAGAUCAAGAUCGAAAUCUGCACACCAGCAAGAAUUCGAGGACGGAAUCGAAUUUAAUAGAAGAUCUCACAUUGAUCAAAAUGAUGAUUUUAGCAAAUCGAAAAGUUAUCUAUCAAGAUCGAAAUCUGCACACAAGCAAGAAUUCGAUGACGCAAUGGAAUUUAAUAGAAGAUCUCGCAUUGAUCAAGAUGAUGAUUCUAGCAAAUCAAAAAGUUAUAGAUCAAGAUCGAAAUCUGCACAUUCAAGAUCAAAAACAUCCAGAUCAAAAACUCCAAGUGAUUCACAUAAUGAUCGAUUAAAAAACCGAUCACGUUCAGGGUCUCGUUUUGAAUUUGAUAAAAGCGCUGAUCAAUAUGAUGAUUCUAGCAAGCCAAACACUUCUAGAUCAAGAUCGAAAUCUAUAAAUUCAAGAUCAAAAAGAUCCAGAUCUAAAACUCCAGGUAAAACAACUAGCGAAUCACUCGCUGAUCGAUUGAAACGGUCACGAUCAAGAUCUCGUUCUGAAUUUGAUAAUAAUACAGAAAAUCGAGAAGUCGGACAGUACGAUUUCCAUCAAAGCGAGUUUUUGGAAUAUGAAAAUAUUAAUAAAAAGAAGCUUGAAACACGUAAAAUUGAUUUGGAUAGUUAUAGAAAACGGAAAAACGAAAUUCAUAAUGAAAUCGAAAAUUGUACACCGAAAUCGAUUGAAGAUAGUAAUAUUGAUAAAAAUAUAGAAACAUAUUUCGAAGUAAACCAACAAUCAGAGAUAGAAUCAAAUUCACAAAAUAAUAAAAAAUCAACUCAAAAUUCUUCAAGUUCAGAGUAUAAUUUUGGCAAGAAUAGUAUCGUGAAUGAGUUAGCAAGCAGUUUAACCGCACAAAAUGUACUUAAAGAAAGGGAUAUUAUGAAAAUUAUCUAUGAUGAUGAAGACUUUGUUGAAAUUAUUGGUAGUGUAAAAAAUAGCAUCGCCGAAACGGCUUCUCCGAACGAAUCUCCGAACGAAAAACAAGAUAUAGUCGCAAAUGAUUUUGAUACCGAAAAAUCAUUAAGUAAUGAAAAUCAAUCAGAAAGAAAACUUGAAGAAAAGAAUAAUAAAGAAUUAAAUGAAAGAAGUCAACAUCAAUCAGAGCUAAUCGGGAAAGACAAUGAUAGUACAACAAAUGACAAAAAUGAUACAAAUUACCCGUUAUCUUUAUCUAAUUUAGAGAAAGUUCAAAAAAUUUCAAGCGUAAGCUUACCUUCUGAGGAAACAGCUUUAACUAGUGACUGCUUUGAGAAUAAGAAAAAUCUAGAAGAAAGUCAUUCAAAAAAUACUGAUACACUCAAAAAUAAAAUGAGUAGUGAAAUUAAUAUAAAUGAAGUCGCUAAUAUUCCUAAGAAAAGUCAGAUCAUUUCAGAAAUAAUCGAUGAGACUAUAGUUAACGUAGAAGAAACUACUAAUAUCAAGGAAAACAAUCAGCCUAUGUUAGAAAUUAUAAAUUUAGAUGUUGAUACCGAAGAUGAAAUCUUUAUCAACGAUUUAAGUGACUCUGUUUCAAAAGAGCCUUUGAAUAUUAGUACUGAGCAAGAAAAAAAAGAAGUUAAUUCGAUUAAUAAUAAAGUCGAUCAUUCUUUGGGAAACAUAAUGGACGAAAUAAAUUAUAAAAUGAUUGACAAUAAAAGUACUUUCAAUGAAAAAGAAAACGGUGAAAAAUUUGAAAACGUGCCAAAUGAAAAAACAACUGUAAACGUUAAGCAGAAUAAAGUAAAAAUAAUUCGACGUAAAUAUCGAAAAUCUCCCCGAAAAUCAAUAGAAAAUAUUACAGAUAAAUUACGAAAUAAAGAAAAAUUGAAUGACAUUGAAAAUAAUUUGGAAGAAAAUAAAACUAACAAUAACAGGUCUGACGAUACCAAAAAUGAAAGUAUAAGCACCAAAAAUAAAUUGCCAGAAAAUAUAACUGUUGAAAAUAGAAUGAGUAAUAAUCCUGAAAUAUCUGAAGAUAUCGUCAGUACGCAGGAAAGUAAUAUUAAUAAAAACAUGGGAAGUAGUUCAACACUACUCCCAAAUACCAAAGAAAGUGAUCAAAAUAUUGAAAAUAAGAUGGUUUCUCCAAUUAAAGAUGAUUUAGAGAACUUUAUGUCGAUGUUGUUUCAAGCGUCGCCAGUUAAACAAUCAGGCACCGAAUCUGCCUCGAAGAGUGCUGAAAAUAUUACCGAAAAUUCUUUACCUGAAAUAUUAUCAGAAGUUUCUGAAAAUAAAUUUCAAGACAAGAAAAAAGCAUCUUCUUCUAAGCAAACAUCAAACGUCAAGAAAAAUAUCUCGAAGAAAAUUGAUAAAGGCAAGCAUAAAUCUCCUUCCAAGAAUAAAAAAGUUUUAGAAAAGUUGAUUAAAACUAAAGAUGUUCAGGAAAAAGAAAUGUCGAGUGAUAGAGAGGAGAUCAUAUUAUCAAAUUCUAAUAAAAAUACUCUUAAAAGAUCUCGCGUUCCAGAUAAAAACGUGCUACAAAAUUCAACCACCAAAACCAAAGAAACCCAGCAACAAAAAUUACCUUCACAUUCUUCGAGAGGAAGAAGUAAAUCACUAAGUCUAAAGACGAACACAGAAUCUGUUCGAGAGGAAAAUAAUUCGUUGGACAAAGAUAAACAAGUGUUAGAAAAUGCAUCCGCUUCAAUCAAAGAAAAAGAAGAAAAAAUACCUCCAAACUCUGUUGAAAUGACAGAUAUUUGUCACCAGGAAACAAAUGUAAACUCCGAUAAAAUAAGUCAAAUUUCUGAAGUAACAAAAAGAAAUGUAGAAAAUAAGUCGUCAAAUUCGAAGAAUAGGGUAAGACCUAUUAAAGAAAGAAGAAAAUCUUCCAUUAGAGAUAAACAAGUUUUAGAAAAUGAACCCGCUUUAACUAAAGAAAAAAUUCCCUCAACGUCUAUUGAAAAACCAAAUUCUGCUGAAAUGAAACAGAUUUGCUCUCCGGAAACAAACGUGCACUCCAAUAAAACAAGCCAAACUUCUGAAGAAAGCAACUUGAACGGAAAUGCUGGGGAAACUUCAACAACAGAAUCUAUUGCAGAAAAAAAUAAAUCUUCCAUUAAAGAUAAACAAGUUUUAGAAAAUGUAAAUGCUUUAACCAAAGAAAAAAUAUCUUCAGUUUCUAUCGAUUCAUUGAACUCGACUGAAAUCAAAGAUAUUUGCUUUGAGGAAAGUAGCAAAGUAACCAGCUUAAAAGAAAAUGUCGUGAAAAUAACAAAGACAGAAUCUAUUUCAGAGAAAAAUAAAUUUUCCAUUAAAGAUAAACAAGUGUUAGAAAAUGUAAAUGCUUUAACCAAAGAGAAACAAGAGGAAAAAAUAUCUUCAAUUUCUAUGGAUUCAUUAAACUCUUCUGAAAUGAAAGAGAUAUGUUACGGGGAAACAAAUGUGUCCUCAGAUAAAAUGAGUCAAUCUUCUGAAAUUAUAAGCUCAAAAGAAAAUGUCAAGACAACAGUAGAAAAACCACUUUCAAACUCUAUUGAAACACUAAGUUCUACUAAAACGAGCGAAAUUUAUCGGAAAGAAACAAACGUACCUGAAAUAACAAGUGCAAAAGGUAACUUCGAGACCACAGUAGAAGCUAAUCAGGCAUCAUUAAAAAUACCAGCGGAUGAUGAAUUUACAUUCUUAAUUGAUGCGUCCAUAUCAGUAAUGAAUGAACCUGUUUCGAAUAACUCACAACAUCGGCGCAAAUCUUUUGACGAAAACGUGGAAAUAUUAAAGAAUAAUUUAAUAAGUGAAUUAGAAAAAGUGGGUAGUACCAGUAAUAAUACUUGUGGCUCAAAUCAAAGUACUUCAUCAAUAAACAGUGAUGUAAAUAAUUCCAAUAGUGUAAAUAACUCAAACAGUUUAAAUGAUUCAGAGAAUGUAAAUAAAAACCCAAAAAGUAAUAGUGCAAAUCAUGAACUAGUACCAUUAAAAAAUAAACAUUCUGUAUAUAGUCGUGAAGUAAUCAACGAAAAUAAAAUACGAAUUGUCGUGAAACGUAAUCGAAGAAGAUAAUUUUUAUAAGCAAAUCACUAUAUAUAUAUAUCUUGAUUAUUAAGCUCUGUUUGAUACAGUAGCGAACAGCGAGAGAUGUGCAAUCAUCUGAGGUAAUUGCUUUGAUCGAUCAGGGAUUAAAUGCCAAUACACCUUAGUCGCUUAAAAACUAUCCCAAAUAAUUACUAUUUUAAAGAAAUCAAAUAAUCACUUUUUGGAAUAAAAGGGAGUUUGAUGAAUUUAGAUCUGAUACAAACAAUUAUCUCAGAUUUUGCUGUAUUUUACGUUUUUUAUAUGCUAAUCCAUGGACGAAAAUGCAAUGGAUACUACAUUACUAUUAUUAGAUCAUGGUAUUUUCA